AUAUGCAAAUUUGUACCCCGACAUCGAAUGCGCGAUUUUCGUCGAACCCACCUAUCGCGUAACUUUGGGAAAAUCAUGCAAUAUCUUCUCGACAAUGGCAAUCGUACCUGGAGAUCGUAUUUUGAUUUCGUCGUUGUCGACGCGAAAAAACCGCUAUGGUUCGCUGAAGGAACUGUAUUUCGACAAGUAGACACCACCGGAUCAUUGAAAAUCGGCAUCCACACCGGUCCGUUGCAUGAAGACCAGGUUUAUGCCGGCGGGUCGUGCGAAGUAUUCUCGAAGCUAGUCGGUGCCAGAGGGCGCGACGUCAUUUACAUCGGUGAUCAUAUAUUUGGCGACGUACUGCGGUCGAAGAAGGGGCGCGGCUGGCGUACAUUUCUUGUAGUGCCAGAAUUGACUCAUGAGCUGCUGGUAUGGACAGACAGACGGAAGUUAUUCCAACGUCUGCAGGCCCUUGACUUCAUUGUAUCUUUAGAUCUUGCCAAUCGACAUGUCACCCACGAAAUGGACAUGUCCUAUGGUAUUCUGGGCAGUUUGUUCCGAAGUGGAUCACGUUUGACGUUCUUCGCAAGCCAGGUGGAGCGUUACGCCGAUGUGUAUGCAAGCAGUUGUUGCAAUCUUCUCUACUACCCGUUUUCAUACUUCUUUCGCGCUCCACAAAUGCUGGUAAUUGGCCUGUUUGUAUUUGACUUUGCAUUAGCAGAUCUGUCGAAUCAAACUGGUUACGAUCGCCACACUAACCCACGCGUUCAAAAUAAUAGCAAUAUAGUAGCAAUAAUAAUAGCGCAAUUUUUCCUUUACAUAUUCAGAACAGACUCUCGUAGUAGUAGUCAGGCAUCGUUAAAGCGAUUUAGUUGUACGCGAGCAGAAGGAUCAGUCAGUAUGUUAGAUGCCAUCGAUAUUUCAUCUAUCGGCGCAUCUUAG